GACGUCGCGGUCACGGGUAGGCAGCCAGUCAGUCAUCUGCUUCUUUGUGUAGAUUUCGCACAUGGCCUGACUGCCAGCUGCCUGCUAAAUUGAAACAAUGUAUAUAUUCAGCGGGUUUGCCUGUACGGCUGGAGAUUCCCGUAUCUCAUGAAACGAAAAUGCAGAGCAAAAUGGACAAGGAAAAGGGACUUACCAAUGUUCCCGGAGUACCCAAGAGCGACCGUGGCCUGAGAAUUGCAAUCAUUGCUGUAACCAUCAGCAGCAAGCUCGCCCACAUUGCCACCGGCAUCCUGACACUCCCAUACAAUCGCUUCUACCAGCAAAACACGUUGCUGCCCAUCUUGGCCAUCGCGAAAGCCGUGGAGGAUCGCGAGGAUGACGAGGAGAUAUCAGCCCAACUCAAGCGAUGGAGGGAUCGGAAGCUGAGCGAGUUCCAGCUCGUGCAAGUCGCAAGCACCUUGAUUUCGGCCGCCGUCAUCGGCUGCUUCUCUUGGCCGCCGCCCGACUCGCUGCACUGGCUCAGCCCGGCGUUUUGGCACGCCAGCAUCUCCUUCUCGCUCUUCUCCAUCCUCCUCGCCGCCUCGGAACAGUUUAUCUUCCAGACGCUCCACCGGUCGCCGAAGCCGCGCAACGUCGACAAAGAGCUCGCCAUGAUCCUCUACAUCCGCCGCAGCAGGAAGGUCGAGCCCGUGCACUCACCGCUCGAAGAGCUGCCGCCCAUCCCGCAGAUCCGCGCCAUCAAGAUCAAGGAGAAGGGCGGCUGGUUCCCCAAGGAGAUGCCGUUCGUCGAGCUGCGGUGGAACAUGAUCUUCACGUGGCAGGCGCCCAUGAUGCUGAUGGCGUACUCGGCGAUUUGCUUCCUUGGCGGGUUGACGGUCUACGUCUGCGCGCCGUUGUAUGACGGGCAGGGAUGGGUUGGAGCAAGCAAGGCGGCCAUAUUCUACCUCGUUAGCUUCUUCUUUUGCGGGGUCACCUUUGUCUGGUGCGCAUUUUGGGCAUAUCGUUUUGUUGAUCUUGAGGACCCCUAGAUCAAAAUAGCAUUCUAUGGUUUGCAAGGAUCAUACAUCCAAUCACUCACGGAAUCAGCCAGCUGCAGGCACAUGCAUUGUACUCAUUGCAGGCCACAGCCUGGCCGAAUGACUCACGCCGGUAGCAGUAGACGGACGCAGCUUGGUCGGCGACGACCUCGGGUUCAUAACCACAAAGAAGGGCUGGAUUUGAAUUUCGAAAACUCUGUACACGAAUAGACUCCAUCUAGAAUCAACUCUGUUCAUCACUGAGAAUAUUUCAGUCUUCUUCCUCGUGUCGA